AUGGACACACAGGAGCAGAACAAAGAGGCACACACUAACAACAAUAACGGAGUUUCCUCAAGACCGACCGUCGUUGCAGUAGACUCCCCUGCAAUGACCACAAAUCCCCAUGAAAGCGCACUACGGUCAAGCAAAGCUGCGAGUGUUGAAGGUGUUGCAACCUUACCUGCAGAGUCUCCCUCGUUAACAGCGGCAAUUGAUGUGUCGACCCAACAGUCCAGACCAUUGGAAGGUCAAGCCGAAGAAGAAACGAGUCAAGCACCCACACAAUCAGCUGUCCUUGUUCGCCCUUCACUGAUUUCUCCCAAUUCCCCUCUUUCUCCUUCAACUCCUCAGCUCUCUCUCCCUCCAGAGGGUUACACCAAUCUCCCAAUCGACCACCCAAUCGUGAGAGUAAACAACCCCUCACCAUCCCCAAUCCCUGAUACAACACCAACCACUCCUGCUUCUCUGUCUCCUGGAUCGACAUUGAGAUCACGGUUGCGGCCCCUCUCGGUGACCAUUGAUCUCACGUCUAGUCCAGCCGGUCCCUCAGAGCCACCAGCUUAUGUAGAACAAUACCAACUACAGACGAUGACUCCAUCAUCAUAUGAGACCAGGCCUAGUUCUUCGUUGUCGAUUCGCCAACAACUCCAGCAUCAACAUCAGCACCGAGGGUCGUUGUCUUUUACUCCAGAGCCCAUUGUGACCUCCAUAGCAGGAACUUCGGGACUUGGAGCGGGAACAGGUGCCGAGUCUCAGCUGUCGCCCUCAACACCCAUCCCAGUUUCGGCCUCAAUCAACUUGUCUUUAUCAGGCUAUCGACGACCCUUUCUGGAAGAGGAUGAGUUGCCGGAUUACAUCUCACUCACCGAGUCCAACCUGCCAUUCACGCUUCCAAGCGCUCGGAGUAUCACCUACAAGGUUUCUGUCACUCAGGGUCCUGCAGAGUUUCAACCGCCGCAGCAGGGAGGACAACAGGAUGUCUCCUCUUCACCUUUGAGCCCAACACCCCAUCAGCCAACUCUUGGUCAUCAAAGGAGCACCAGCGAGGCUGGCCCGAGCACUGCAGUAGUAGUUCAGGAUGUCGCCAUUCUCAAUACCCCCGGCAAUGAAGCUGAACCGAAUCACAUCCAAGGCGGUAUGGAUCAGGAAGACUCAAGACGACCAGGAGCAUGGACGAUGGAGUACUGGGUGGGCGACACGAUCCUGUACUUGUGCUAUCUUAUGGACCCAAAGAUGUCUGCUAUCACGGAGUUGAUUCCCAGAAGCAGAACCGCUAACACGACAACCCCAGCACGGAUAUCGAAUCCAUUCACCCUUGCCGGUUCCAGCAGACCCUUUGCGGCAACUAACACCAAUGCUGACCCUAUCACAGCCAUGACUUCUCAGGAUGUUGAACAGCCUCCAAUCGCGGUGUCUGUCGAUAUUCCCCAGACAAUCGCACAGGAUAGCAGCGCAGCUGGAACAGGGACAGGAACGGGGAGCAAUGAUGACGAUGAUAGCGAGAACGAGGAGAUGGAACGAGUACCGACAGGGCAUAUCCGCGGCGGACCCCCACCCAUCAGCAGGACGCGGUAUAACACGACUCGAUCGUUUGUAACUCCUCAGCUGGCUGCCAGCAGCUUGACUGUUAUUACGCGUCGCAGCACCAUGCCGAUUCCACCACUUAACCCAGUAGCACCGGCGUCGACAGUAGUACAUAAUGCCGCAACUACAGAAGAACAUGCAACUACAGAAGGACAAGGAGCAAGUGGAUCAACAAGUGGGAGCGCUGCUGGAGCCGAAGCCAGUGGUCCACAGGAGGCGGUUUUAUCAGUAACAACACCUGCCUCAAGCGAUGUCGCGGAUCAAUCAGCACCAGCACAGGAUGCAAACGUCGACGCGAACGAACCUGUGGCAGAAUCAUCGACGACAGCGGCUGGACCCCUUCCUGCUGUUCGACAUAUCCGUAUUAAUGACGGCUACCCUGGCGAGGAGGCAGACGCGAUCCUAGCGCAUUCGAUGGCACGGAUGGGCGUCCCAGGCGACCGAAGCGAUAGCCAGGGCCACGCAUACAACAGCGCGCUGACGUCCGAGUUCUACAAGGUGCCGUCGUUUGCGUUUGUGUCUGCCGAGGACCCUCAGACCUGGGUGUGGUGGUCGACCCACCACGAGAACAAUCUCCAGAGGUGUCGACAGGAAGGGCCCAAUGAAGAGGUGAUGAUGUGGUGGCGAACGCGUUUUGAUGACGAUGCGAUGGAGAGCAAGGAGCGGCGGAAACAGAACAAGAAAGAGAGGCGGAUGGGUCUCAGACCGUCGGAGAAGAAGACCCUCAAGGAAAGGUGGCGUCGGUUCUGGUCGCUCAAGUCGUCGGUUCCUUACCGUGAGUCGAUGGAGGUUACGAUGAGGGUUCGGGGGCUGUAUUAUGCGUGGAGGGAAGAGUCGUACACGGGCGACGAAGAGAUGAACGAUAUCCAGAUCUUGACCUCGAGUCCGCCACGCUUCUUUAGGUUGGUGAGGGAUGACUCGUUGGUGAUGGGACAGAGGGUCAAGGGAGGGCCUGUGGCCGAGAUUGUGAUCCAUGGCAGCAGUAAUGAUGGGUCGUUGGCUGCUGCUGCAGGUAGGGGCGAUACAUUGGGUGGUGGCACUCCUUCACUUUUUGUUGGAGGAGAAUCGACACACAUGACUGAGACCCUGGACGCACCGCCCUAUGGGCCAAUCCCUUCGAUCAGAUCCGACGGAUCGUCGAUUACCUCCAACAACGGCAACACUUUCAUGACCCAGGUCUCUGCUGCCACUGGUGGUCCUGUCCGAUCCACUGUGGCCAGCACAUACAUACAACGCAUCUCGCACGGCCGUCGGUCGGGUGCAUCCUCGAUGCGAUACCACUUCUCUGAUCCAGAGACUCCAGCACCUACUAUUGGUGACGAACGGCGACAUUCACUUGCUCCCUCCGAACCAGCCUCCUCCAGAUUCUCUCCAUUAGCCUCAUCGCCGGAUGCCGACCCUGACCAACCCUCUUCGUUCAGUUUCAGUCUCCGGAAACGCACCUGCACAAUCCGAAUCCUGGAGGGGAUCAACUCUGAGGUAGAGACAUUCGCGUUAUCAACAGGACCUCGACUGCCCGAGUUGUUUGAUCUGUUCACGGACGAGUCUGUCCCGGGCCCGUCGCGUGCGACGUUCAUUUUUUCGAUUGUCAUCUUUAGCCUAGGCUUUCUGAUCUACAUGGCACAUCCUGCCCCUUCUCGAUCUUUCGCCGUCACCUUCUCAGAUGGCGAGAUAGUCUACCCCGAGUUUGCCUACCCUUUGCGCAAAGAGAUUGUCCCCAUUUGGCUCGCCGCCUUCCUGGCCGCCAUCAUACCCAUUUUGGGUAUCCUGAUCAUGCAAGUUCGCGUCCGCUCCUUCUGGGAUGUUAACAACGGAAUUAUAGGCCUAUUGUACUCGCUCAUCAGCGCCGCUGUUUUCCAGGUCUUUGUUAAGUGGCUCAUCGGGGGGCUGCGUCCUCAUUUUCUCGAUGUCUGCAAGCCUGAUACCAGCCUGGCCACAGACACCGGGUAUAACAGGAAGGGAUUCCAACAGCUCUACUUCACAAGGGAGAUCUGCACUGGAGAUGUUAAUCAGAUUGACGACAGUCUCGAGUCAUUUCCCAGCGGACAUUCGACUGCAGCCUUCGCCGGAUUCGUUUUUCUCUACCUAUACCUGAAUGCGAAGCUCAAGGUCUUUUCUAACUACCACCCGGCCAUGUGGAAGCUCAUUGUCAUAUACGCGCCUGUACUCGGAGCUGUCCUGAUUGCCGGCGCCCUGACAAUCGACAAAUUCCACAACUGGUACGAUGUCGUGGCCGGAGCCGUGAUCGGAUCUGUCAUGGCCUUCUCAUCUUACCGCAUGACGUACGCGGCCAUUUGGGACUGGAGGUACAACCACAUCCCUUUGAACCGCAAUGCGCCGUUCCCCUACCUUCCAGAGAGUGGCGAGUUGGCGGGCCCUGUAUUUACGAGAAAGGCUGGUUGGGGAGAUGCUGCGGGGGUACUCGGACGAGGAAACGACCAGAGUUACCAUGGCGAUACGCAUAAUGCGAAUCAAGAUGGGUACCAAGCCAGUUCAGCAAUCCCGCCAGGGACUGUAGGCGGGGGACAUGCACAGCCUGAGAACAUAGUUUAA